GACACGUGACACACACAUAUAUAUAGCGUAUAUAUAUAUACCGACACACACACACACAUACAUUAUAUAUAUAUAUAUAUGCAUAAUAUUGACAUUAAAACAGAGCAUAGUAAUGGAGAGGGGUUUUGUAGGAACAUUGAAGACAUGGAAGCCGUUUCUACUGGUUAUAUUUCUACAGUUUGGCAGUGCUGGAUUGUCGAUUAUAGCAAAGUCUGCCCUCAACAACGGCAUGAGCCCUCACGUUCUCGUCUCAUACCGUUAUAUCGUCGCAACGCUAGUGAUCUCUCCUUUUGCCUUUUUCUUGGAUCGAAAGGUGAGGCCAAAGAUGACUCUGCCGGUCUUGUUCAAGAUAUUAAUGCUCGGAUUACUGGAGCCGACGAUAGAUCAGAAUUUGUACUACACCGGAAUGAGAUACACUUCGGCCACUUUCACCGCAGCAAUGUCCAAUGUCCUCCCUGCCUUUGCCUUUCUCAUGGCCUGGCUCUUCAGGCUUGAGAAUGUGAAUAUCAGAAAAACACAAGGUCAGGCCAAGAUUUUCGGGACCAUUGUAACAGUUGGUGGGGCAAUGCUAAUGACUCUUGUGAGGGGGCCUUUAGUUCCUCUUCCAUGGAAUACGAAUCCCGAUAUCAUUGAUCGAGAAGCACCGAACCCCGAGAUCGAAAACCAACCUUUAAAGGGCGCUAUUCUGAUAGUCGUCGGUUCGAUUUGUUGGGCCGGAUUCAUCAAUCUCCAAGCUAUCACGCUUAAAUCAUACCCGUUCGAGCUCUCUUUAACAGCUUAUAUAUGCCUAAUGGGUGCUAUUGAAGGCACCUUGGCUGCUUUCUUGAUCGAAAGAGGCAAUCCAGCCGCCUGGUCAGUACAGUUCGAUUCCAAGUUACUGGCUGCUGUUUAUAGUGGAGUGAUUUGUUCGGGGAUCGCUUACUAUGUACAAGGACUGAUAAUGAAGACUCGAGGACCCGUUUUCGUUACUGCCUUCAGUCCUCUGAAAAUGGUCAUCGUUGCCAUCUUGGGUUCUUUUGUUUUGGCCGAGGUUUUCUUCCUUGGAACGGUUCUUGGAGCAAUAGUGAUAGUUCUUGGACUGUACUCUGUUUUGUGGGGCAAAAGCAAAGACGAACCGGCACCGUUUUCGGACAUGGACAAUGAGCUCCCACUUGGCCGCAUUCAACAAGUUGAGAGUGUCUCGUCGGAAGCAAGACCCCAAGUGAAAGAAAUUUCGGAUAUCUACCUAAUCUGUGAAUUAGAUAUUUGAUUUUUUUGGUAUUCGUCUACCGGUGGGGAUGAGUACGAGUCUAUCGCCGACAAGAAUCCGAGGGGUGAGUUCGAGUUCAGGUUUUGUCCAAAAAAUUAUCCGUGUCAAACAGGCGAAACCAGCCACGAGGGGGCGAGUGCGAUCGUUUACUGGAUUCGCUUGAUCGACUUCAACAAAAUCUCUCGUCCAGCUUUCCUACCUGGUGCCAAGAACAUAGAGCUAGCAUCCACAGUAGAGUUUCAUCCCAAGAAAGCCAGAAUUUGUUGUUGUAUUCUUAGACCAAACGAUCAAGUACAAUGUCGGAAAUUCGGAAUCUCAUUCCUAUACCGUAGAAGCACCAACCCGAUCCAAGAUCGAAACCCGUAGAUCCCUUACGCAAAAUGGUUUAUUCCACUGCAACCAUCUACAAAGACUAUACUUUCAGACAGUGAACCUCCUUACACUGUGUAAAGAACAU